AUGAAAGCAUUUAAGUGGGUCUCUGCCCUGACAACUGCAGCAGUCAGUAUAUCUGUUGGUCAUUCAUUGACUCAAACAGAACAAAAUGAUCAGUCUUCAUUCACGUUGUCACCAUCUAAACGCUAUCCAUCCAAUCAUAAUCUUGAUUUAUCUAUUCCAAUUCCACCUCGUCCACCUAACUUAUCUCCAUUAUAUGUAACGGUUUUAACUCGACAUGGUCAUCGAACUCCUCUACCAAAACUACCAGGGCAGUCGAUUGAAGAAUUUCAUUCUAUAUGGGGAUAUUGUCACACGACAAAUGGUGACAAAAUACUUUGUAAUAGAAGCCAGUUAACACCAUUAGGCGAACAUCAGUUAUUUAUUAUCGGUCAAAAUUUACAUAAUCAGUAUAUAGAACAAGACAAAUUAUUACCAAGCACAUUCGAUAGUGAAAAGUUGCUAAUUCGCAGUACAGAUGUUCCCCGCACACAACUGUCAUUAUGUAGAUUAGUACAAGGUUUAUAUCCAACUAUUAGUACUGAUACUAUAGCCAAACAUGCCGUUGUACUAGAUAAAUCGAAAGAAACAUUAUAUCCAAAUGAAAAACAUUGUGCUAGACUAAGGGAACUAUUUAUACAAGCCUUCCAAACAGAAGCUUAUUUAACCAAGGUUAACUCUAAAGAAGUAAUUUCAUUAAAACAACAAUUUGAAAGUGAAUAUAAUACUGUCAUAGUGUCAUGGUUAGAUAUAGCAGAUGAACUAAGAUGUCGACAAGCAUAUAACAUCGAACUACCUAGAGGUAUAACACAAGAAAUGGCCGAACAAGCUAAUAAAUUGGCUGAAUGGACAUUUUAUCAUGGACUCACAGGUGGCUUUAGCAGUCAUGAACAGAAAACAGAGAAGUUAGAAUUAGCUCGACUUAGUAUGGGAAGAUUUUUAUUUGAAAUAUUAAAUAAUAUUCAAGGUAAAGUAAACAGCGAAAAUGUAAAAGUUGCAUCAAUUUAUGCUGCACAUGACAGUACGAUUAUUCCAUUGAUGGAAGUACUAGGUCAUGGCCACAUAUUAGAAGGAGUAUGGCCAACAUUCGCAUCAAAUAUGAUCAUUGAACUGUGUCAAGAUAAACAUAAUAAUCAGGACAAAUACUGGAUUCGAGUUAUAUUUAAUAAUAAACAAAUUGAUCUAGUGCCUUUCGAUAAAUGGAAGACAGACAUUCUACAUUUGAUACCAGACGAUUUUGAAAAGGAAUGUAUAGCUCAUUCCAAAGACGCUCUUCCAGAUUACCGAUGGUGA